AUGGGCUCCGUUGCAGCACAGCUUAGCAGCUCUCACAGGGCUGCUGUUCAGACCAACAGGGAGUAUGCAGCCGCUGUCGUUGAUAUGUUGCUGUAUUUUGGAAAGCAAGGGCUAGCUCUACGAGGGCAUGAUGAGCGGGACAGUUCGGCCAAUCACGGGAAUUUUUUGGAGAUGUGUAAAUGGUAUUCAAAGCAUAACGAGGCUUUCGGUGCCAGGUUGAAUUCCCCUUUCAACCUCACAAGCCAUGACACACAAAACGAGCUAUUGGAAAUAGCAGCGAGAAGCGUGAAGAACAGCAUCAUUCGCAGUGUUGUGGAGAAUGGAUUUUACACUGUUCUAGUGGACAAAGCACAUUCCUUUAAGCAAGAACAAAUGACUGUGUGUGUGCGGUAUGUAGAGGAACUGGAAGUAAAAGAGUGAUAUCUGGGAUUUGUGGACUGCUCUGAAGGCGCAAAUGCAGAGGCACUGUAUGGCCAUAUUAAGGAGUUUCUGGAGAAGUGUGGUCUGUACAGUUUACCCGUUGUUGCACAGAGUUAUGAUGGUGCUGCUGUCAUGUCUGGCCAUGUUAAUGGUGUUCAGAAAAAAUUGCGCGAAGAUCAUCCAUCUGCUAUCUACAUCCAUUGCAUGGCCCACAAAUUAAACCUGGUCUUGGUGGAUGCCUAUAAAGUAAACCACAGAGUUAUGGGAUUUUUUCUCAUGCUGGAGAGUCUGUACAUGUUUUUGAACCAACCGGGGACUCAUCAGGCGUACAAAAACACUUAG